CCACUUUUCUUUACAUUUCGGUCCCUCCCGCCAAUCCUCCAUUGAAGGAGGGAACAGUGUGUGUUAAAAUUUCACGGUAGAUAUAAUCAUAUAAAUCUGAAAUUUCAUAUUCUCUCUCCAUCUUUCCCUGUAAGAAAGAAAGAGCGAUACUUGUCUGAAGCCCAAAUUUGUGGGAGACAUCUCCUAGCUCGCUUUUCUUGUCCAGCGUGUCCUUUCUUACUGGUCUGUCAAACCCCUGGGGCUUUUUCUUUAGGCUCUUGUUGUACCGUCAUGGAAGUCUUGGCUCCGCAGCAGCUGAAAGUAGCCAAUGAAGUGAAGAAGCGAACUCAGUGCCCAGGAGUUCGAGUCAUCGGUGGCCGAAUCUAUGAUUCGGAAAACGGGGUCUGCUGUCACCAGUGCCGUCAAAAAACCAGGGAUUUUGCUGCUUGGUGUAAGAAUUUGAAAGGGGAGAAGCUUUGUACCAUUAAGUUUUGCCACAAAUGCCUCCUGAACAGAUAUGGAGAGAAAGCUGAAGAGGUGAAUGUGUUGAACGAUUGGAAAUGUCCUAGGUGCAGAGGCAUCUGCAAUUGCAGCCUAUGCAUGAAAAGAAGAGGCCAUCAACCUACUGGUCAAUUAGUGAAAACAGCCAAAGCAUCGGGUUUUUCCUCCGUGUCAGAAAUGCUUGACGUGAAAGGUCCCGAUAAUAUAACAUCCGCCAAUAUUCCAAACGUUGUUGUUUCGCCUAUAAAGGCUAUUUCUUCCAAAAAGGAUCUAAUGAUUGAUCUUAAUAUUUCAAAUUCUGAUAUGGAGGUUAAGAGUAAUGCAGUUUCGCCUAAAAUGCCAUGCGGCUCAGGCAAGGAGCUUGUGGUUGCUCUGUCACCGAAACAUGGCAAGGAGAACUCUCUAGACAGAAAUAGUGGUUUAAACUCUCAGAAGGCAUUGCCUAACUCUAAGAAAAGACCUAAAAAAACAAAGCGGGAAGGGCUAAAGGAAAUACGUAAUGGCAGCAGAGUAAAUGAUGCUUGCCAAAAUGGGAGCACGAAAAAGGUUAAAACUUGUAAUGAAGUUCCAUUUGAGGAAACAAAACAAAACGCAACUGAGGAUAUCAUUCAAGCAGGGAAGAAACGAAAUAAAAUGAAAGAGAGAAUGAAGGUUUCUAGGACUUCAAAUGACGUUUCCUUAAAUUCUGAUGAGAAUGAUGUGAAAGAAGAAAUGAACAAACAGAAUUGCGAAGACGGUGUCAACCCUCAGAAUAAAGAAAUGGACAAAGCCAUCUCUUUGCCACCGGGCUCUCUUUUAACCAGUAUACUAGACCUUGAAUUGCCACCCGAAGAUGUUGGUCAUGCAUUGCAGUUCUUGGAGUUUUGCACCGCUUUUGAGAAGAUUCUUGAUAUGAAGAAAGGAGAAGCUGAAGCCAUCCUAGAAGAAUUAAUAUGCAUACAAAGUGCUCCCACUAGACACAAGACCUUAGUAGUUCAGUUCUAUAUCAGAUUGUUGACUCUAAUACUAAGUGAAUCAGGAGAUGGGUCUCCUUCCUUAAAAUCGUUGAGCGGAAAACAUUCAUGGUGGGAAGCUCUCAGAAAUAUAAUAUCUGAAUCUGAUGUUGUGCCAAAAGCAUUGCAGCUAGAUAGUCUUGAAGAAGGAAUUGAUGGCUAUUAUAAUUUGAAUUUAUCAAAUAAGCUUAAGUUAUUGAAUUUUCUUUGCGAUGAAGCUUUGGACACAGAGACUAUAAGGAGUUUUAUUGAUGAGCAACACUCAAAAUUUGCUGAAAGUGCAAAAGAAGCAAAAAUAAAAGUUGCUGCAGCCAAGGAAAAGGAAAGAAGUCUUAAGCAAAAAAUGAAGGAUGACGUGGCUAGAGCCAUUAUUGCGAACAAUGGUGCUCCCCUUUCAAUUUCAGAGCAUGAAGGUCUUGUUAGAGAGAUAAAAAGUGAGGCAGCUCGUGCUCAUGCUAAGAUGCUUGAGGCAAAAGGCCUGAUUCCUAAAAUGAAACAAAGAUCUGAUGCUGUCCGAACUGAACCUGUGCUACUGGAUAGUUGUGGCCGGGCAUUUUGGAGAUUAAAAUGUUAUACUGAUGAAUAUGCCGUUUUGUUGCAAGAAAUUGAAUUUCAGGAUAAAGAUGCUGCAGCAGCAGCAGAUGAGAGGUGGUUUGUUUAUGGCACUGAACAGAAGCACGAUAUUGAGGCGUACAUUUCUUCAAGGGCUAAAAGACCUAGAAUUUGAGACUUUUGUUGCACCGUUCCAAGUGAAAGAAGUGAAGCAAAUAUGCAGGUUUUUGUAUGGUUGUGGAGCGAGAAGCCAGGAAGAUAGUGAAGAUAUUGUUUCUCAUCUUUUGCUAUAUUCAAUGUAAGCUUUCAGUUAAUGAUAGAAACAUGAACCACAGGUGUGUAGGUAUAUGUUUUGCAAUGUAAUUACAAGCUAUAGUGUUUGUAA